AUGGCACAAACUAAACAGUUAUCGAAAGAAAUAACUGAUGAAAGAUCGAAUCUAUCAGCGGUUGAACGACAGACUGAAGCAUCACAUAAAGGUGGCACUAUUUGGGACGCUGUACGCAGAGCGGAUCAGGCAGUACUCGAACACCUUCUUGAUAACGAUCCGAAUAAUGUUAAUGCAAGAGGUCCAGUUGGCGACUGUCCCAUUCAUAUGUUAUUUUUAUAUGGAACUGAAGCUCAUCUUAAAAUGGCUCGAUAUCUCAUCAAACGUUUUCCAGAAAUCGUUAUACAGAUCUACAAUCAGCCAGAAUAUUAUGGCGAGAUUGUUCUUCAUAUUGCUAUUAUCAAUCGUAAUGCAAUCAUAAUUGAAUGGCUUCUUAGUAAUGAACGUGUCCGGCUCUAUCGAGAACAACAAUUGACAGCUACCGCCAGUGGACAUUUUUUUCAAUAUGGUCGUCCGUGUUACUAUGGUGAAACACCUCUUGCAUUUGCUUGCUGUACUAAUCAAUGGAAUAUAGUAGAAAUUCUGCUUAAAUACGGCGCCUCUAUGGAUGUGGUUGACAACAAUGGAAACACAAUCUUGCAUUUAGUUGUCAUUCAUAAUCUGCCAAAAAUAUAUACAAAAUUCAAGGAACGUUGGUUAAAAGUACAGGCAAUGUCGACUAACGGAUCGAGGAAUGUAGAUGACGAUGAAGGUGAGAAAAGUAAAACAGUAACAAUCACGAAGGAAAAAGAGGUUCCACUAUGGAAACGUCUCAAUAAAGAUGGUUUUACUCCAUUUACAUUAGCAGCUAAAUUAGGCGUCACUGAUAUGUUCUCUUUUUUACUUGACGAACGUAAAAUUAUUCAAUGGCGUUACGGACCUGUUUCAUGUGUGCUCUAUCCGCUAGAUGAACUCGAGUUUGAAUUUCAACAAGAAGGCAGAGAUGCACGACCUGGAGCUCUUGAAUUGAUCGUCCAAAGUGCUCAAACUGAACUUAUUACGCAUCCACGUAUGAUCGAUUUACUUAAUAAAAAAUGGGAAUGUUUUGCUCGACGUAUAUUUUUCCGUCGUUUUUUUGUUACUCUUAUCUAUCUAUUCAUUUUUCUUUUUACUACAAUUCUCGACCAAACAAGAACAGAAAUAACAGAAGGAAAAGAUGAUGAAAUGAUAGUAAGUCGUGUUGAAUAUCCAGGUAUCGCUUAUCGAUUAAUAUGCACAACAGGUCGUCUCAUUGUAUUAACUGGCGCUAUAUCAAAAGGUGAAUCUGAGUUAAGAGAAAUGAACAAUGUGGGCAUACACAAAUAUUUUCAGACUACGGGUUCGGCUCUUCUUGAAAAUUGUUUAUCAUGUUUAUUGUGUUCUGGUAUUAUUAUUCUUAACAUUCUUCGAUUAUUCGAUAUAGAAACAUAUACAAUUGUACUUGCACUUGUUUCUGUUAUAGGUUGGGUUUAUAUGUUAUUUUUUGCUAUGGCUUUUAAACUUACUGGCCCAUUUGUAUUUAUGAUCUAUAAAAUGCUUUUGAAUGAUGUUCUUCGUUUUUGUAUUAUUUAUAUCGUAUUUCUUAUUGGUUUUUCACAAGCAUUCUUUGUUUUAUUCAAUUAUAACGGUUUUUCUGGUUUUCUUCUAAGUAUCAAACAAUGUUUUUUUGGUAUGUUAGGUGAUUUUAAUCUUGAUCAUCAUACGGGAACAACAUUUCAAUAUAUUAGUAUGCCAUUACUGGUUAUUUAUGUUGUUGUUGUGUCUAUUCUCUUACUUAAUUUACUCAUAGCUAUGAUGGGUGAUACAUAUGGAAAUGUUAUUGAAAGUGCUACACAAAUAUGGCAUUUAGAACGAGCACGUAUUAUCUUUGCAAUUGAAAAUGAAAUGUCAAUAGAUGAACGAAUGUUAGAUAAAAAUAAAUAUUGGACAAAUGUCGAUGGUCAACGAUAUUUACAAAUAGAAGAAAUUGACAAAGAUUGUUUUCGUGAUAUUAAUAAUGAUGAAACAGAAUCGUACACCUGUUUGGAAAAUUUAUCAAAUGAACUUUUGUACGAAAUAUUGGAAUAUAUUGAUGCUUAUGAUAUAUAUAAAUCAUUUUCAAAUCUUAAUAAUCGUUUACAAAAUCUUAUACUUUCUUCGUCAAUUUUACUUCGAAUAAAACUUAAUUUAAAAUCAAAAUCUCUACUUGAAGAUCGUUGUCAACAUGUUAUUAUUCCAAAUUCACAUCGUAUUCUUUCACUUCAUUUGAUCGAUGAAUUAUUGAUUAGAAAUUUUUUUUAUCAUUGUAUUAUUGAUUCAUCAUUUCAACGUCUUGAAUCAAUUAUGCUCAUAGGAAUCGAAGCAGAGAAACUACGCACGACUCUUUUUUAUUUAAAUACUUUAUUUCGUCUCUUUUCACUAACUAUUUUUAUAAAAGAUGAUGAUUACUAUGAUCUUGGAGAUAUUUAUCCAUUAAUUUUUUCUUUAUCUACAUUAAAAUAUAAUCAACUAGCAACAUCUAUUGAUGAAGUACAAAUUAAUAUUAUACAUGUAAUCAAUAAAAAAUUUAGUACGAUCGAACGUUUGGUUAUUAACUAUAUUUGUUCUCUUAAUCAACUAAAUUCUCUUGUUCAUUAUACACCACAACUUCGUCAUCUGUAUUGUCGUCGAGUGGUUGAAUUAGAUGAAAAAUUCACAAACGAUCUAUCGAUGAAAUUACCACAUUUAAAAUCUAUUUAUUUUGAAGAAUUUUUCCCUUCGUUUGAUGAAUUUGAAGUGUUUAUUAAGGAAAUAUGUUCUCAAUUAGAGAUAUUCAAAAUUGGUAUACUUCGGAAUAAAACUUAUCUUGAUGAUAAUCGUUGGGAACGAUUAAUUAAAGAAUAUAUGCCUCAAUUAAAAGAAUUCUACUUACAUUUUAUUCAGGACAUUAAUGAUGAUAGGAAGACAAAUUUAAUUGAUUCAACUGAUGGAUUCAUUAAUCGAUUUAAUUCACCAUUUUGGUUUAAACGAAAAUGGUUUCGUGAGAUACAAGUAUAUUGUGAAAAAAUGAUUUUUUCAAUUCAUCCAUUUAGAAAAGAAUGGAUCGAUCUUGAUCAACAUAUGAAUACUGACAUGUAUUCGAAACAAAAUUCGAUCGAACAUGAUUAUAUUUGUAAUCAAGAAAAAACUGCCGAUGGUAUUAUACAGUUGACUAUUGAGAAUUAUGAAUUUACUGAAGUUAAUUGGCGAUUUAUUAAUAAAUUAAAAUGUGCAUUUAAAGCGAUUCAAUUUACUCAUUUAGAUAUAGAUAAUAAUAGCAUGUCUAUUAAUAUGUUACUCGAUAUUCUUCAUCUGUUGCCAAAUAUUGAAUCAUUAAAACUCUCAUCUAUGCCAAUACUUCAGUUAGAAUCUUUAUCUAUUGAAGAUACCGAAAAUCAUCUAUCAGUAUCUGCUAUUAACAAAAUAACAAAAGUCAAACUUGGUCAAGUUACAGAAGAAGAAGAAAUUGAAUUUUUUAUCAGUCUUUGUCCACAUAUGCAAUAUCUUGAAGUAGGCUGUAUGUUAGAUACAGAUGUUCCAUUACUUAUGAAAUUUAUUUCAAUGAAUCGAAUAACACAUAUUCCUAAUCUCUGCUAUCUGUGCUUCAUUAUUCCUAUGGCAGAUGAAAACAUGGUUAGAACUUUAGCAAAGACAAUCGAUUUCAGGACGGUUAUUGGUAGCUAUACAAUUCAGCGUAGGGGCGACAAAAUAAGUGUGCAUUGGAAAUUAUAA